AUGGAGUCUCAGCCUCCUCCCACCAUGGUAUUCUUCGAUCUUGACAACACGUUAUUCAAUCAUCAACGCUCUCUUUACUCUGCCAUAUCCGCCGUACAACGUAUAUCCCCGCUUCUUCAUGAGAUCCCGUUGAAGGUGCUUGCUGAGAAGUACAACGAAACACUUAAUCAUGUUUACGACAGAUAUCUCCGAAAUGAGAUGGCACACCAAGACCAAGAUGCGGAGAAAGUCAAGCUCUUUUUCAAGAGUCUAGGCCUUGAAGAACCGGACUCCCAACACAUUGAGCAUUUUCGGAAUGUGUACAAAACGGCAUACAGAAAGAAUCGAAGCGCUAUGCCAGGAAGCAUCCAGACCCUGAGAAGACUUCGGGAUAAUGGAUAUCGUACUGCUAUUAUCACGAACGGCCCGACCGAAAGCCAGAUAGAAAAGGCUAAAACCAUUGGUGUCUUCGAUCUUGUUGAACGCGUCAUUACAUCACAAGAAGUUGGCCAUCCCAAGCCUGACGUCAGGAUCUUCCAGUAUGCUUUGGAAAAGUUGGAGGUGCAACCACAUUGCGCGUACAUGAUUGGUGAUUCUGUGGAAGCUGAUAUCAAGGGCGCUGUCAAUGCGAAAAUAACGCCUAUUCUGUACUCGCCUUCUUCCAAUACCUCAUUGGAAGUGCUGUAUGGAAAGAUUAUUCCGGUCAUCCGUCAGUUCGACCAGCUACCCAUGGCUUUGGAGCUUCGACCUCUUGACCUGAGCCUAGCGGUGUCGGCAGCGCAGACCGGUUUGCAGCAAGCCUAG